AUGAGCUUACCAAAUAUUUCUUCAAUGGAAAACUUUGAUUGUGAAGGCGACGUAUCAUCAGUUGCUUCAUGUUGGGAAAAGUGGAAAAGGGCUUUUAACAUAGGGAAAAAAUGUGCGUUUCAAAAUCUAGAGGAUAAUCUUAUCGACCAAGUUGUCGAAAAAGGAAGUUACUUAAAGUUAAAAAAAAUAGGUAUGGGGGACAGCAUGACUUUAGAGACCAUAGUUAGUAAAGCAAAUUCUUUGGAAGCUCUAGAAAGGCAACCCCGAGUUUGCCCAAGAGGUUCACUUAUUACAACAUAG